GUUAUAGACUCUAUUGGAAUCACAUACAUUGGAAUGGGAUACCACCGUAUAGAAAACUCAAACCCUCCAACCCUAGCCGGAAUCAAUCGCCCGAGUCGUGCGGUUCCGCUGAAAGAUCUCCUGAAUCGGCGCCGCUCGAGCCUUCCUCCUCCUCGGACGCCAGUGCCGCGCCGCCACCCAGUCCUUCCUCCUCCUCGGACGCCGGCAGCCAGUGGUCUUCGCCGCCGUCCAGAAUAAUCCAGAUGCAAAAGGGUUGUAUGGAGUGUCCUUUCCUUACUAUGAUGAACUUUCAAUGGUAUAUUCCAAGGACAUGGCCACAGGUGAAGGUGCGGAAGACAUGACAGAUGCUGUUCAAAACUUGGAAGAAGAGUUAGUUCGUGUAAAUGCUAAUGAUGAAGAGGAUGGAGAGGAUAUGACAUCUGUAGAGACACCAAGGCGUUCUGUUGACUCAACAUCAUCUAGCUCCAAGAAGCGGAAGAAAGAGUGGAAAGGAAAAAAGACUUCAUCAAGUGACCCGCUUCUUGAUGUGUUCAAUGAAGUGAGUGGUGAUCUCAAGGUUGCCACCAUGUCAAUUGGAAAAAUGGCGCAAGCUAUGGAUCGUGAGGCAUCCAACCAAGAGAAGGCAAGAGAUGAGGAUCCACAACAAAAGCUAAGAGAGAAGGCGAUCAAUGAGGUCCGGAGACUUGAAUUUACUGGCUCAGAAGUUAUCAAAGCAGCUGGUGUGUUUGUUAGGAUGCCAGAUCAAAUGGGGAUGUUGUUUGCACUUCCAGAACCACUGAGGAGGGAAUACAUUGUCGACAUGCUACGUGAUGAAGAAGCAAGGAGAGAGAGAGAGAGAGGUCAAAGUGAAGGUGAUGGUCUAGAUGUUGAAUGAUGGAGCUUUGGAAGUUGCUGUUGGUUUAGUUGGUCUCAAUCUGUUUACCUUUAGUGUUCUUCAUAUGUUGUUGUUGAAUGACGGUGAAUGAUGAUAAAAACUGAAUUUUUAUGAUGUUGAACGUUGUUGAAUGUUCACGAAUGGUGUUG